AUGUCAAACAAACUAAACCGAAUCGAUUACACGCAAGUGGGUCUCACCUCCAAGAACUCGUUCAAACUCAUCAAACAGGGUGUUGUGGGCGCAGACAAUGGCGCCAUCGCUGCCGUCGUCGGCGAUCACUCCGGUUCUGUUCACUGCUUUACACUUAGACCCGACUCGUCAAACAUCGACACCGUAUUCAAGACACUGCCCGGCCCGAACGCAAAGAUCAGUUGCAUUGAAGUGAUCAACAGUUCCAAUAGCGGCGGUUCGCCAAAGAUUCUGGUGGCGUUUGGGUCGUCAGUAAUCAGGGGUUAUAAUAAAAAAGGGAAACAGUUUUUCGGUUUAGAGUUGAAUAACUUAACGGAACCGAUAAAGUGUCUGAAGAUGCGGUGGCCCAACGAGAUCUUCAUUAGCGGACAUUAUAUUUACAACAAUUAUGUCAUCACAGAGUCGGACAGUAAGAGUAGUUCCGGAGUCCAAAGUAAGAACUAUUAUGUCUGUCCAGAAAAGAUCAAUGAAUUGGUUCUCAUUGAUGACAAGAUUAACAGAAAAACAGUGCCAGUCCUCGCCUGUCAGGACAGACUCCUCCGCAUUAUUAAAGACUCUUCGUGUCAGUACGAGAUUGAGAUCUCAGGCAUUCCCAAUGCAUUGCUUUGGAUGCACUACUCGGCCAAUGGUAUCACUGAGACACUUGUUUGCUACGGCACACUUGAUGGCAAAGUAGCUCUCGUCUCCAUUGAUUUCAGCAAAAAACCAUUGGAACCGUUGCACAAGUGGGAGAUACCAGAUAAAGGAUCUAAACCAUCGGUCACCUGCCUAUCAAUUGCUGAUUCGGCCGCAGAGCUAUAUGUCGGCAGAUCUGAUGGAAAUGUUGAGAUUUGGUCCUUCGCUGAGACCCUCAAUGAAAAUGGAGAGGAAAUGAUUGACUUAAGUCUGGCGCCAAUUCUUCGCGACCAACAUAAUUGCGGCGAGAGUUUGACCUCAUUUAAAGACACGGCAAUGAAGAUCGAAGGGCUUAGAGAUGAAUGCGAACGAUUGGAGCAGAAGUUGGCUCAAGAGAGGGAACGCUAUCAGGAAAUGACCACAAAAGGCGGAUCCGAUGAUUUGGAGACUUCUGAUGUGGGCGUCUCAGCGCUGCCUUACUUUGCAAUAAACGACUCGUUUAUUCUUCAAGAAGACGCCUCUUAUUACCUGACACUGGAGGUCGAGAUAGCAAUCGACGCGGUUAUCAUUCAGAGUGACAUUCCCUUAGACCUGAUAGACUGCGAACGCAAUUCCGCUGUCAUUAGUUUUAAUGAUAACACUUCGCCGCAAGUGUUGGUUACUUUCCGAUGUCAGGCAAACACCACACGAUUGGAGAUCAAAAUUCGCUCCAUUGAAGGACAGUACGGCUUAUUGCGGGCAUAUGUGAUGACUCGAGUGUCGCCCAAAUGCGCUCAAAUGAAGACCUAUAAAAUAAAACCGCUUUCAUUACAUAAACGCAGUUACAGUGCAAUCGAUACCCAAUUCUUGAAUAAACUGACAAUUAGUGGUAACUUUAGUCUCAAUGAAUCCCACACUUGGAUCCAACUCUGUAUUCCCGAAAUACCGGAAAAGAUAGCGUCGAAUUCCAACUCUCCGGUCAUUGCAUAUAACUUUAUCUCGACGUUUACCGAAACGAUCCUUAUAUGCAAUUGUGGUAAAGGAGUGAUGACUUUCCAAUCGGAUAAUAUCUCUACCAUUUCUAUUAUCAAAGACUUUAUCACUCGAGAGGCGACAAAGAGAUCGACGGCUAUUGAGAUGUCGUUCGACGUGAAUGAGAAUAGUGUCGGCCAUACACUCAAAAAGCUUUACCCAAAACUCAAGAAUUUAAUUAAUAUUCGACAGAAUAAGGAAUUGCUGGAAGCGGUCUAUGAGUUGAGUGUAAGCGACCCCCAAAUCGCCAAAGAAUUGAUGACUAAAUUGAUGUCAAGCGAAGAGAUAGAGACAAAGACGGCUGAAAUCAAUUUGGAAAGAAUUUAUGGCAUAAUCGCCGACUUAUUCAUCGAUUACCACAAACUCAAAGGCGGUUCUCGUUCUGUACUCUCGAGUUUCAAGUCUCGGAUCAAUGAAUUGGUGACUCUUAUAGAGACAUAUGUUUCUGACGAUUACGAUCAGCACAUAUUCGUCGACAAACUCAACCAGUUUUGGGGAAUUCAGAUAUUCGUCUGA